CCCACUUGGCUCGGGAAAUGUGUAAACGAUGAAGCAAUAAUGACAUUAACUAUUCAGUCGAAUUAUACAAAACACAACAAAGGAUAGUGCAGGGGUUGGGGAGCGGGGGUGUCUUGAAAGUGGAGCUGUAAAAUAAUAAUAAGCGCCCCAUCUGCGCUAUCCAGUGGCGCUUAAUGAAAAGUUGUUUUUAAGUGGUGGGCCCAUUCAUACAACACCAACCCCACGACGCCCACACCACAUUACCGUAAUGAGAUAUCGGCACAAAACAUGCGUUUGAUUGGGCAAUGAUGACACAAGCCUCGAUAUAUAUAGUUUGAGGGCCACCAGUAUAUAAGGAUUAUUUGUCUCUCUGUACGUGGUACAAAUCAGCCUCGACGCGACUCUUACGUGUCGACAAAGUACAGCAGAUAUACUCACAAAACAUUUCAUUGCGGGUUCGCACGGUUGGCUACGGACGGUGCGAAAGAAGUUCAGCAUACUACAUACAUACGAAACUACUUGGCAUUAACGGGUAACGUGUAACGGGACAGUGUACGUAGAACACAAGUUGCUGCUGCUGGUUGUUGCAGGCACAUAUAUAGAUUUAUAGGGCUAAAGCUUACAAGAUCUAUAUUCUGUACCAAGUAUUCUUCAGUAUCGUCCGUCCUGUAUUGACGGUGGCUAUGAUGGCUUUGGAGCGGCUGAGAGGUAUACGCGAUGACUCGUCCGGGAGGCGCGCGGUGAAGACGAUGUUCGCGUCGGAGUGUCAUCCUGGGUGCGCGGUGCGCGCCGCGGCUCUGCUCUGCCUGCUGUCGCUGAUCAACAGCUCGAGUGGGCUGCCAGCGGACUCGCGCAACACGGGCCUCCAACGCCGUUCCGUGGCCGAGCAACAGUUCAUGCACGACAAGGGCCGCGUGCUUCAGGAGCUGGGCCGCCGCCUCUGGGUCCAGUCCGUGGUGGGCGAGGUGCACACGGCCAUGGGACGCGAUGCCAACCGCGUGGCCUCCCACGCCCCACGAUCCCUCGCAGCCGCCGCCACAGAUGCCGCCGGUGCAGCCUCCUCCACCCACUUGAUCCCCUGGGGGGGAGCCCGCUCGGCUGACCCCGCCGCCGUCGCCGCCGUCGCCGCCGUCGGGCACCCCCCGAUUAAGAACCCGGCGUCCGGGAAGGCGCUCGCCCAUCGGCGCGCGCUGUCCCUGCAGGAGACGGACGCCAACGGCCCCACGUGGAGACACGGGAAGGCGGCGGCGGCGGCGGCGGCGGCGAGCAAAGGGGUGGCCAGGCUGCACGCGUCGCGCGAGCUGGGCAAGGGGGCGCGCAACGCGAGGUCCGUCACGGUCGCGAGGUCCGGCCCGUGGCGUUAAUGCGAGCGGGCGAGCGAGCGAGCAAAUUUGCGAGCCCACGUAGAAGUUGUACAUGGACCACAUUUAUUACGCGGCGAUAUUCGGGCACGCGGUGUCGCGGGCGAUGUCCCAUCGGCAGUGCGCCUACUGGCGUCAAUUUAGUAAAUCCCCUUUCCGUGACAAUGUCUCCGCAUGAAAGUAGAAUACCCAGCUUCUUUGGGGCUCAUCAGCAGUCAAUCAUGCUAAACAAAUGCAGAUGUUAUCGGUACGUGCCCUCUGUCUCUCUCUAUGCCAUGGGCAGUUCGUAAAAAACAAAUAUUUGGAGUGCAUUUUGCACUGAUGGCCCAUGAUGUUGAAAGAAGACACUUGACCCUGCUGAUAAGCCCUAGUAGGGCAAAACCAGUUCAAAGUUUACGUGUUUAUUCAAAAUGCUGCCGAUUAACACAAGUCUCGAUGCCGAAUAGGCCAAAGUAAAAAAACACAUACUAUUUGUUUUAUGUGGAAAUGCGUAACGUCAGAUGAUUGAUUUAAGCUACUAGCCUUAUUCAUUAGAAAUCCACGGCAGCAGUGAUAUUAAUUGGUGGCUCACUAAUGCCAGUGAUGGUAUGUAUAUAAUGGUCUUCGAUUAUUUAGUUCAUUGCCAUUAACUUUAUUUAUAAUGCACAAUUCACCAAACAGGAUGCAAUGCACAGCCACCAGAAUCAUAAACAUAUACGUGUAGUAAAGGAUGGAGAUCUGGAAUAGACAUGCGCUAAAGGGGAAAAUACAUUCAAAGACCGCUGAGAGUCAGUGCGGUAAAACUAGUCAAUGUAAAAAGCAGAAACGAAUCAUAACAUACACACUGUGUAACAAAAUAAAUAGGGAGGACCCGUAAACACAAUUAGUUCGGAUUAAAGACAGAUUAAAGCAACCGGCGACACCCCCCCCCCCCCGUAAUACCGUACGGCAAAUGAAUCAAUCAUAUUUCUAAAAGUAGAACCGCGUAGCAGCCUGCAAAACAAAAAGGCAAUUGAGGACUGCCGCGGAUUUCUUUGAGCACCGUUGAUGCAGAUUGCCGGAGUGAGGCUGAGAAUCGCCGCUGCCUUUGUCGUCGAAGGCCUUCCUCACGCGACCUCCAACGAGGGUCAUCGAGACGUGAACACCCUUUUUUUUGCGGCCGAGAAACGCAAGGGGGCCGAUGUGCCACUGCAGGUCAUUCAGAGAGCUCAACUCUCUACCACACUGCCAUCGGCCCCCUGGUUGUGUUUGUUUUUGGGUUAUCCACAACCAUUACUCGGGGUGUAACGGUCACGUUGAUUCAUCGGUUGACGUCGAUUCUUCAGCUCGCGCAACACGCGUUGAUUCGCGCGCAUGACAGCGUUUCUGGUCGCCUUGCAAUGGUUUGGCGUGACUACACCAGCCGCCAGAGACCGCUACAUUCGCCACAAUGUAAAAAAACAAAAACGUAUAAGCGAACUCCUGAAUUGAACGUCGUGACGCUGAAUCCCAACAGAUAUAUAUUUACCCCUUGUCAUAACGCAGUAAGCAUGUUGCAUCCGGCUUUAGCGCAAUAGUUGGUCCCAUUCAUUGACUUACUGGUGUAGCGAUCGAGUUGGGGGUCUCAAUCUCAUUGCUUGCACCCAGGGCCCGUGUCAGACAGGGACCUGCCACUCGUUCAUUAGGCACGUUAAUGAAGCAGCGAAACCUUUAGGAGCCAAAUGUAUGUACGUUGAACUUAUUUCACCCCGUACGUAGCCAAUCGAAGUUGCGGGGGAAGGACAACAAACCAAACACAAAAAGCAAUUCUAUUAUAUAUAUUUUUUCAAUCUAAAUUUAAAAGUGCAUAGCUCCAGUGGCUUCCUAACAUCGCAAGAAAGAGCGUUCCAGACGCCAAAUGAUGCGCAGAAUCCAACAGUGAUUUCUCACGUGUUAAAUUACCUGUUUGUGAGGUUUUACACAGCUGUCGAUGGGAGUACAAGGGGUACAUGGGCUUUGUGCCUUGUUUAAUUGCGUUACACUGAUAACAGAGUUUCUGACAGUUUAAUAGGACUAUAAAUUGAGAAACGCCUCUCAUAGAACAAUGUUGGGUAGGGGUGCCAAUUGUCCUCGAGCCUUGAGAUGUUUGCGAGUGAUUGUCGCGUUAGAACUGCAAUACCUUCUUGCAACAUGUUCCUACAGAGCCACUUUAAGGAUCAAAACUCGGCCGAUGAUGGUGUGAUAAGCAAAUGACGCCUCCCGUUAGACAUAAUUCGGGCUUAAUGCUCUAAUUGUAUAAAGGUGAUGUAUACAUGUUAAAGAACGAGAGAUAUCCUCAACCUUAUUAUAAAACUUACAAUGUCACUGCCUUCUAAAGCCUAUCACAUGCCGACUUUAGGGGGCGUAUUGUACCUAAUAGGGGGCUUGCGCUACGAAUCACACGUGAAACAGCGUCGCAAUUUCCGACCGUCUUAUACGUCACAAAAUAAUGAGAUGAUUCAUUUAGAGCUGAUUGCGGUCUCAUUAAAAGCCACCUAGUAUAGCCUUAUGCGACCAUAACAAAUUAUAUAUUUUUCUCAUCAAAUUACAAUAUUAAAUUUAUCAUUUCUUAGGCGUUGCUAUACAGUCGACAGACCAUACCUUGUAGAUUUUUUGGAACCACAAUAACACAAGCUUAUAAAUGGUUAGUGGCUGCAAAACCCCUUUGUCAACCUUCUUUACACAAUUGGCGGUCGGUCUCUCGUUUUCUGCUGCUGAUGGUGCUCCCCAAAUCUGGAACUCUUUCCCCUCAUCGUUCAAAUUCGGACUCAAGACCUUCCUCUUCUCCUGAGUCAAUGACUGACUGACUGACUCUCUUCUCUGACUGGCUGACUCUCUGUUAAGUGUCUCUGGCUGCUGCUACCUUACACACAGCAUCACCUUUCGGUGGUUCCCAUGAUGCGCAUCCUAAUAUUUCCAAUCGAUCGAUCGAUCCAUCAACAAAUUAUUUUUUGAGACCAUGUGACAACACAAAUACAAGUUUAUUAAACAUGUGUUAAUAAUAACAACAGUCUAAAAAUAUCAUACAGGUUUGGAAUAUGAAAUGAGAGAGAAAAUCAUACCCUUGAAUUAGUGUUUUGCACAAACUAUCUCCAGAAGUUCUAUCGUAGCUAGCAGGCCUCCACAUUGUUAUAUAUCUCUUGAACAUAUUGGCAUACAGAAUAAUAACAUUUAGCACAGCAUCUUGCUUGUGAUGCAGUUGCAUGUAUACACUCUACACUAAUAUAUUGUAUUUCAAUUGCAACUGCAGCUUAGGUUUUUAGAGAGCCUAAAUUCGACUGCCAUCUCACAUUGGCGGACAACGAAAUAAUCUGAUCACAUGGGCAUCAAAAGGACCAUGGGUAUAGCAACUGCAUCUUGUAGAAUUUGGGAACCACAACAAAACAGGAGUUUGUUCAAAAGGGGGGUGGUUGAGUGGAGCUGGGAGACCGCAGGGCAGUGAAGACAGACAAACGUACGACAGGGUAUGGCAUAAAGCAUCUCAUUGAAAGGAGACGGUCAUCGUUGGGCAUUGGUGCUAAUCGCACCUUCCGAUUAGCACGGUGGGCUACGUACGGUGCGAAAGAAGUUCAAAAUACAUACGUAGGUUAAAAAAAAAGUUUGGUCUUGAGUCCGGAGUUUCGUUUCACGUGAUGGGACUCUUGGUGGAUGUCACGGCGAGGAGCCUCACUGGAACCGCGCAUCUCCUUACCCGGCGAUAUCUUACCCUUGUCCCAUGCUGUGCUCCACUAUCGCCUCUGACCCGAGCGUUACGCUUGUGCGUUCGAUCGUGAACGUUUUUGUGUCGUUAUUAUUUGAUGCGUACAAUGUGUACUUAUGAUUUACAUGUUUGAUCGUGAGUGUGCUAAUUGAGCUGCGCGCAUCACUGCCAACGUGCGUGCAACGUCAAUAUGGUGAGGUUAUUUGUGUGUGCGUGUGUAUUUGUGUAUUAUAUAACGUGUGUUAUUUCUGUUAAAGCUAUACAGGGCAAUCUUUGUCUUUAUUUAAUGACAACUGGUAAAUCUACAAAAGGCUGAAAUAUUGGGAACGGUGGUGUUAAAGCAAGGAGUGGAGUGACAUUUUAAUUAUCAGGGUCAUUAGACUCAUCACGUGCAAUAUAGGCUGUCCGCGGUUGAGUACCUUUAAAUUAGCUGCGUUUUCACGUUGACAUUUCAUUUAGGAAUAAAGCAAUCCUCAUACUCAAUGAACUCUCAAUUCAACAUAAUAACACUGCCUUCAAAGGAAAAGUAUAUAAUAGGCGACGCUUCCAUACUCAUUGGCAAAUGAGAAGAGUUCAUUUGUACAUUUAAGCUCUAGAAAUUGUUACAUUGGGCUAUUGCAAUAUUUUUGUCUGCGCAAACGAAAACUCACUGAAUAGUUACCAGUCUGGCAUACACUCUACAUCAUAUGCAAGACAGUAGAGGGACAACUAAACAAUUCAAGUUAGGCUAUUUAGAAUUUCCAGUCUGAAAUUUCCAGUCCCAAUGACUCCUGCACACUCGCCAACCCUACCGAUGGAAGCGGUGUACGCCUAUUUAAAAUCCUUAUACCGCAUACUCAGAGUAGCUUCACAUUCAAAUUUUGUUAAAAAUUGUUUUAUCACGUAUUUGUUUUGAAUAUUAUGCGGUAAAAGGAAUUUUUAAAAAAUAGGCUUCCUCCAGCUUAAAUUGUCAGGGUGGGCGAUUGCAUUAUUGUCUGAAUUUUAAAAUGUCUCCAGGGGAGUGGAGUAAGAGGCCUACGUGGGGUAAAAUUAAUUUUUGUCCUGGCGCUCACCACACGUGGCUUUUCUGUUGAGCUGCAAACACCAGCAGCAAGCACGUGCCUCUGGAGGAGAGCACUAGUUGGCACUUCAAGCUGAUUGUGGCCGAUGGCAUGAUUAUUUCAGUACCGGGACAAAAAAGGCUUUUUUUACCAUCGAACAUAGUAUGCCUCUCACAACAUCCUACCAUAUCAAAUAAUUUUCGGUCUAACCUGAAAUGUUAGUUUUUUUUUUAUGAAGAGCGGGAGACAAUUCCAGUUGAUUUUCUUGCAGUGUUCGAGGGUAUUCGAACUUGGUUGUGUGUUUGGCCAAUGUUCAGCUAACUUGCACGGUGAACACGCGCAUCAUCGAUCGGUCAGUGUCAAGACGGGCGAUUCUCUUACGUGGCAAAGUUUCUCGCAAAUGUUCAAGACAGUUCCCAAGGUCCUACAUGCCUCGAGGAUAUUACAAUAAUUCUCCUUAUUUCUCGUUUUAAUCCAGCACUCGUACCUGAACAUUUUUUAGUUCGUUUUUGUACUUUAAAUGAUGACUUAUUUAUGUAUUUAUUUAUUUAUUAACUUAUUUCUUUUCAUUUUUGCUGGCUGGUUAAAUGAUUAAAGAAUAUGUGCACGCAAUUUGGACCGCAGUCGAGUGGUGCUGUUUUUUUUUAGAAUACAUGAUUUUUCAAGUCCUCUUUAAGUGCAACAAACAUCUAUUGUUGUACUAUACUUCUAUACUCCCAAGACCAUGCUCCCCAUCUUCACCAACCCCACAUUGACCAGCAUGGUGAAGUAUGGUCAAAUAACCCUCGGGACACACACAUCAUAGGGAGGCCCUCAUCCAGCAAUGAAUUAACAAAGAAGCUGCACAAGUGAAGACCAAUAAAAUCAAGCUAAGCAAGAAUAAUAAUCAAACAAGGCGAAACAUUCAGGCCUUCGUAAUUUCAAUAUGCCACAACUAUAGUGAAUAACAAGCACAUGGUGAAAACAAUUCCUUGAUUAUUGGGUGUAACGACGCAUCAUAAAUCGAUCGGUAUUGAUUGCGAUGCAGCCCACUUUUUAUCAUGUUUAUUCCAGAAUGUUCCCA